AUGACGCUCGGCGCGGACGCGGCGCGCGCGGUGAAAGGACCAGGGGAGGAACUCUUGGCCAAACGCCUGGAGGAGGAGGCGAAGUCGCGCGAACGCAUCGACGCGUUGUAUCGUGAAUUGCGAGCGGAGGAGGCGAAGGCGUUGGAAUUGAGACGGGAGAAGGAAGGUGAAGCGCAAGAAGAGUUGAACAAGUUCCGGGAGGAGAGUGAGGCGCAGUCGAGACAACAAGUGCUGGCGGGGAAGACGCUGUGCGUGACGCCGUUUGGCAUCGACAUCGUCGGCAUCACAGAGUUUGUUGCUUUAGCGGGUGCGGUGGCGAGCGGGAUUUCCGCGAAUCAGAAGAAGGAGGAGAUUACGAUGUUGAACGAUAAGCUGCGUAAGAUUAACGCGAGUUUGAUGUCGACGUCGAGAGCUUCCAUGGGCACCGACGCGUCGGUUUUGGAAGCUGCCAGGGGGGGCGCGGCAAAAGCCGCCGCGGCCACGAUGUCCAGCGUAGACGACUGGGACACGCUGUCGGAAGACAUGAAAGAGCUCAAGCUUGCUCUUCGUGAGGGACGUAAGCUUUUGCGGGCCGACGAAUUCGCGGCCGCAUUGAAUGCAUUUAAGAAGUCUUUGAUGUUGGCGCGCGUCACCGGUGACUUGGUCUCUGUGCGCCGCGCUACGCGAGGUCUCGGUGCCGCCAAGCGUCAGCUCGGCGACCGCGUCGGCGCCAUCGCCGACUUAAAGGAAGUGUUAAACAUUUCGCAGCAGUUAGACGACAACACUGGGGACAUGGAUGCCCUCGGCGCCAUCGCGGAUCUCUACACCGAGCUCGGCGACUUAGAAAACGCCGGUCGCUACUACGAUUUGUACCUCAACCAAAUCAACGACGAAACCGUCGAAAUCGAGGACUAG